AUGAAAGUGAACGUAUUUGAAAACCAAUUUUAGAAACAACUGCCUAACAUAUCAAAAACACCACAAGCAAAAAGCUAGUAGACUUUAGAACAUAUAUUUAAUACUUCUAUAAAAUAACCGAGACAAUUUAAUGAUCAUUCAAUGAAAUCACUUCAUAACAUAAGCAACGUCUCAUUUAUUCGAAAUGAAAGACAUGAUGUCAAAUAAGAUGUAUUAAUUGAUUAUUUUAUAUAGCAAUAUUAUACAUCUCCAUUACUUAAUAAAACAUAAUUGCUUGAAAUUGAAAGGUAAAGUAAAUAAAGAAGAAAUGAAAUGUAUUCCUAAAUGUUAAGUGAAAAUCCAUUUAAAUUUAAUGAUUCUUAAGAGGAAAUCAUAUUAGAACAUCCUAGAAGUAAUUAUUGAAAGUUAUUAAUUCUUUAGAAGUAUCUUCUAUUCAUGUUAAUCUAUUUGAUUUAAAGGAUAAAGAGAAAUUAACUUAACUUCUAUAAGAAACUAGUGAGUUUUCAGAUAAACUCUCUUAACAUAAUCCACAACUAAAACCAGCUAAUGUUAUAGUACAAAGACAAGAUGUGAUAAAAUUGGCAUAAUGGAUUGAUUAUUAAAUGAAAACUAUUGUGGAAGAUACAAAAUUAAAAGAAGAUUAAAUGCUUCAUUAAGUUGAACAAGUUUUUAAUUAAAGUCUCAAAGAAUUAGUAAGGGAAAUAUCAAUAGAUUGUAUAGAAAAAGGGUAAAAUUUCAUAAUCAAUUAGAGUACUAUUGGAGAAGAUUUGGAAUCAAUAUGUUAAUUUCAAUACUAUUGUGAUUUAAGCUAUUCAGCAAGAGAAAAUCAGUUCAGAAAAUGAAUAUUUAAAUGAUUUGAAAUAAGUAAUAUUCAUUAUAAUAAAUUAGAUUCAUUAAACUUAUCAAAUGUCUGUUAAGGUUUUAGAAGAUAAAAUUAAGCUUAUAGAAUCAUAAUUUCAAUAACUUUAAUAUAAAUAUAAUGAAAAAGUAGUUGACUAUGAUAAUUUAUUACAAAAAUAUGAUUACUUAAUUAAUUAAUACAAAGAACUAAAAUCAGAGGAUUAAGAAUUAAAAAAUGAUUAUUAAAUUGCUAUGAACGAUAUAGAAUAAUUAACUUAAAAAAUAAACAAUUUAUAAAUAGAAAACCAAAAGAUUUUAAAAUAAUUAAAUGAUAGAAUCAAUUACAAUUUUUAAAAGUCUAAAAGAUAAUCUUAUAUAUUCUCUGAUACUGAUGCAUUAUAUCCUGAUCAUAAAUCUACAAGUUGUUAUGAUCUAUACACUACCAUGGAGAUUCAUGUAAAUUAGGCAUGUUAAACAACUCAAUUUUCUGAUUUAAAAUCAUCUGAAGCUCAAACAGAUUUUAAAUAUUUUAAAUAAGUUGGUGUUUAAUGUUCAGAAUUGAUUUUAGAUGAUUAAAGUAUUUAAUCUAAUCAUUAAAAUGAAAAGUAUAAAUUAUAUAUAUAUAUCUAGAAAUAAUAAUGUAUAAAUGGAAGAGGUUAAAAAAUUAAAAGAAUUAACUUUUGCUUUAGAGGAAAGAAUAAGAAUGGAAAUUUAAGCUUAAAAUGAGUUAAGAAAAUAAAGACAAUAAGUUUAAAGGGAAAGUGAUUAAUAAAAAAUAAAAAUAACGAAUCUUGAAAAUACAAUUACUUAAUUAUAAAUAGAUAUAGACAAUUUAUAAAUAUAAAUUGAUAAAUAGUAGGAUUCAAAAUAAAAAGAAAUUACUGUUGUUAGUAUUGAUUAAAAGAAUACAGAUUAAUAAAUGACACUUGCUCCAUAAUUUACAUCAUCUACAAUGAAAACCCAAUAAAAAUAAGAUACAUAACAUAAGACAUAAGAGAAUCUUCCUGAAAUUAAAUAAAAUAAUUAAUAAUAAAAAAAGUAAAACAAUUAAGAUUAACUAAAGUAAAAAUAAUAAUAAUAAUAAUAAUAGUAAUAAUAAUAAUAAUAAUAAUAAACAAUGAAAUAAACCAAUAAUAAUGGUUUUAAUAAAGUAAAAUCAGUUGAUGUAAAAGAUUAAAAAAAAUCAGUUAAAAUUAUUAAAAAUUCUUAAAUUAUUCCUAGAAAAACUUCUUAAGAUUCUGUCCAUAAUAAUAAUAAUAGUUAAGAUAAUGAUAAUAAUAAUGCUAAUUCCAAUGAAGACUUCUUAAGUAAAGCUUUAGAAGAAUUAACAAAAGAUGGACGCUAACUUAAAAUUACACAAAACUCAAAUUAAAGACUUAGCAUAGUAUAAUAAAGAAGACAAACUUAAUAAUAAAAUUAUAUUCUCAUUUAAUAAGAGAAAUAAUGUAAAUAUUUUGAUAAAAUUGAUAGAACAAAUAUUAUAGAGAUUGUUAAAAGAUAAAAAAGAAAACAUUUAUGUUGACGUUGCUUUAGCUUUCAUUAAUUAAUUACAUUAAGACUUUUAAAUGAAUCCAAAUUAAGUUGAAAAUACUUUAACUAUUCAAAAUUCUUUAAAAUAAAUAUCAUUAUUUUAUAAAGAAAAAUUGGAAUCUAAAUAUCCUCUAUAUGCUAUUUGUUAUGAGUAUUAUAUGAACUAAUAUGGAUUAAAAAAUGUUGCUGAAUAAAAAAUGACUCAAUUUUGUUAAAGUCUUAUUGUUUAUUAAUAGAAUUACAGAAUUAAAUUAUUUGCUAGAUUUUUACAUUUAUUUGAUAAUAUUUCUAAUGAAGAUUUUGAAUUUUAUAUUUAAUCUUUAAGUUAAUUAGAUGAAUAUUAGAAUGCUCAAAAUUUGAUAUAAUGCACUCCAUCAUAUGAUUAUGUUUUGGUUUUAUUUCAAAAAGUUAAAUAAUAAUUAUAGAAUUUUAAUAAUACUGCCAAAGAUUUAAUAGACAAAUUAACAAUUAAUUGCAAAAAUAUUAAAGGAGAAUAAUAUUUAGAUUUAGAUUAAUACUAUUUAGAAGCAUUAGAAUAAUUUCAAUUUGUUAGGAAAAUAUAAAAUGAUAAUUUUCAUUAAUUAUUUUUGGCCAUAGAUGUUGAUGAUAAUUAAAAAAUAAGUGAAAAUGAAUUUAAGAUUCUUUAUACUUUGAUAGAAGAUAAUAAAAAUAUGUUGAAAUACAAAAAAUUAUUUUAAAUUGAAUGUUAAAAUGGUGAAGGACUUAACUUUUAUUAGUUUGGAUUAUUUUGCAUGCAUAAUAAUUUAUUUACUAAAUAAAAAUAAGAUAAAUUCUUCCAUUCUAAUUAAGCAGAAUAAUAGUUGCUUUAAUUAAAAAUAACAUGGGGACAUUAAAGGAAAAUAAUAAGUUAAAGAUUGAGAGAUUCUAAUAAUUUCACCUAAUACUAUCAAGAUUUGAUUAGAAAAUUAGAUGAAGUAUAAAUAUAUCAAUUAUAAUAGGGUCUUAAAAGUAAUUAGAAUUAUGCUUGGAAUUUAUGGAGAAUUUUAGAAGAAUAAUCAAAAAAACUUUUAUUAAAUAAUUAAUUAAUUAUUUUGAUCGGAUCAGACUUAUGCUAUAUUUGUGAUAAAUAUGAAUAAUUAUUCUCAAAUAAUUGA